CCAUCGUUACUUUUCGCUCUUCGACUCGACAUCUUGCCAACCUCAGAUUCAUCCACAGACGUACCGUCGCGACAAUAUGAAGACCGCAUCUCUUACCAGCCUUACGGCGGCUGUCUUGCUCGCGAGCCCCGCUGAUGCCUUCUGGCGCAUGUUGUGCAAGCGUACUGGAUACGCUCGCAUUGAUCCCAUUGUCAACUUCGGCGAGAUUUCGUCCCACGCCCACGCUAUCCAUGGAGGCGGCAACUUCGGCAUGGACACCACCUUUGAAGACUUGAGGGAUUCGGAUUGUUCUUCGUGCAUGGUCCCCGAGGAUAAGUCGGCUUACUGGACACCCGGUCUUGUGUUCGUCUACAAGAACGGAACCGCUGAGCCCGUCCCACAAGCAGCUCACAUGCUCGCAUACUACUUGCUCGAAGGCAAGAAUAUCAAGGCUUUCCCCGAUGGUUUCCAGAUGAUCGCCGGUGACAACCGUUUGCGAAACUUCACUGGUGUCGUUCCCGACCCCCCGAAAUCAUCGUGGGGAGAGAAGGACAAGACCCAGCACGCUCUGGCCCAAAAGGCCGUGGGAAUGAACUGCAUGAAUUACGCCCCAGGAAAGAACGAGCCUACCGCGUACCGUCACUUCCUGCCCGACAAGGCCUACCUCGAUGCCAACUGCCCUAACGGCCUUCGUGCUGAGCUCUUCUUCCCAUCCUGCUGGAACGGCAAGACCACCUCCGAGGACCACAAGAGCCACGUCGCCUACCCCGAUAUGGUCAACACCGGCAACUGCCCCAAGGGAUACGACCAGCGUCUCCCUACCCUCCUUUUCGAGACGAUCUGGUUUACCCAGAACUUCAACGGCAAGGACGGCCAGUUCGUCUGGUCCAACGGUGACCCCACUGGCUUCGGAUACCACGGUGACUUCCAGAACGGCUGGGACAACAAAUUCCUCCAGAGCGCCGUCGACCAGUGCACCAACAUGUCCGGUAACCUCCAGGACUGCCCCAUCUUCGCCCCCACGCUCGUCCAGGAGGACAAGAUCAAGAAGUGCGAAUUCAAGGAGCCCCAGCAGCUCAAGGACGACUCAUGCAACAAGCCCGCUAAGGGCAUCUGCGGCAACGUAGACAUCCAGUACGGACCCGAGAUGGCCAGCUCCCUGACCCCCGGAAAGUCGGAGCCUCCCACCGCCAAACCCACCAUCGCAUCCCCACCCGCGUCCCAGGUCCCAACUCUCUCCUUUUCGGAAGCAAAGAGCCAGACCACCGCCGGUGUCACUGUCGCCAACACCAAGGCCUCCUCUUCAGCCCCCUCAUCCUCCAGCUCCAAGGCCGCACCCGCCGCCGCAUCCUCGAGCUCCAAGUCCAGCAAAUCUUCGGCCGGCUACACCCCCAUUGCUCCUCCCAAGCCCAGCAAGGCUGGUGAGGCCGACGUCGGUGUCAAGAAGGAGAGCGAUGUUCUCGAUGCCCCUGCCCCUACCAACGCGCCUGCUGUCCCCGCCGAGGAGCCAAAGGCCAAGAUCGUGGGCACCUCCACGUACACCAGCGCUGGUGCCAUCUACCACAUGGUCAUGGAGGAAGUCGAGGUCACCGUCACUGCGGGAUCUCCCGCGGCGUCGGCCAAGUCCAACGUCCGCAGGCACGAGCACGCGCACGCUCACAUGCACCACAAGCGCGACCGUGAGCACGGUUUGCUCCGCCAGCACUAG